ACAAAGGGCAUAUCAUGUUCACCAACAUAACCAACUUUUUCAUUCUCGGGUUGUGGUGUCUGUUUAUACAGGUGAAAGAUAUAUUCAUCAGUAGCUGGUGCAGAAGAAUUUUUGAUUGAAUAGUCGCUUAGUGUAUCAGCAAACAUUUUUUGCGUUGAUAACUAUAAAUGGCCCAAUCUAGUAGAAUAUUUAUGAGCAAUAGGGCUCUAGGUUAUGUUAGUAACCAUAUCCCAUUAGUCGUGCGAUAUAUUCGUUGUAGAAAAGAAAACUUGGUCGUAACAUGUGUUGGAAAAGCAUUUCAUACGUACGGCUGUUCAAGAUUUACAUUGCUUAGUGUCAGUGGCUUGCAUUCUGGUGAAGUAACAUGUAUUGCUGCAGACGCUUAUCACGUGUACACUGCAAGUGAUGAUGUAAUUCGUGCUUGGAGGCGAGGAACAGAACUCAAGCAUACAUAUGUUGGACAUUCCUGUCCAGUGCACCUGCUUUUGCCCUUUGGACCUCAUCUCCUUUCUGUUGACGAAAACAACAUUCUUAAGAUAUGGGAUGUCAAGUCUGAGGAGUUGCACUUGGAGCUGACAUUUGACAAUAACACAUUUAAUAUAACCACAAUACUUCAUCCUGUAACAUACUUGAAUAAGGUUUUGUUAGGUAGUGAACAAGGAAUCAUGCAACUAUGGAAUAUUCAUUCAGCAAAACAAAUUUAUGUUUUCAAAGGUUGGACAUCAGCUAUCACUGUUCUGGAACAAGCACCAGCUAUUGAUGUUGUAGCAGUUGGUUUGGCUAAUGGUAAAAUAAUUCUUCACAAUCUAAAGUUUGAUGAAACUGUCAUGGAAUUUAUGCAAGACUGGGGACUUGUAACCUGUUUGUCUUUUCGAACUGAUGGACACCCAGUAUUGGUUUCAGGUAGUUUGUCAGGACAUGUUGUAUUCUGGAAUUUGGAAGAACGGAAAGUAAUGAGUCAGUUGCUGGCAGCACAUAAUAAUGCAGUAACUGGGCUUCAGUGUCUUCCAAAUGAACCCCUUUUUGUCACCUCCUCUCCAGACAAUUCAUUAAAGAUGUGGAUAUUUGACAUGCCAGAUGGAGGGGCACGACUUUUGCAUAUUCGUGAAGGGCACAGUGCACCACCUUCAUGUGUUCGAUUUCAUGGAAGUAACGGUCACAAUUUGCUGAGUGCAGGAGGGGAUUCCACACUUCGAAUAUUUUCUACUGUAACAGAAACUUUCAAUAAGAAUCUUGGACAAGCUUCAUAUAAUCGCAAGCUCUCAAAAAAGAAAAGUAAAGGUUUGGGAGAUCCUCUAAAGAUGCCCCCAAUUGUGCAGUUUACAUCAGAAACAACAAGAGAGAAGGAAUGGGAUAACAUCGCAGCAGUUCAUUUAGGUUUGGCUACCGUCACAACGUGGUCAUAUGACAAGUUAAAGAUGGGAGAGCUCAAGUUAUUACCAGAAAGAUUUGAUGCUAAGAAAUCACAGUUGAAGGUGAACAUUGUUGCAACAUGUCUGUGCCUCACUUCCUGUGGCAACUUUGUGCUGAUAGGAUACAGUACAGGCCAUGUAGAUAGGUUCAACAUCCAGUCUGGUAUUCACAGAGGAAGCUAUGGCCACCCAUCUGCCCACACAGGACCUGUGAGGGGUGUGGCUACAGAUAACUUAAAUCAGAUGACAGUCACUGGUGGAAGUGAUGCACUGGUCAGAUUCUGGCAUUUUAAAUCUCCAGGUUCAACAGCAGUAACAAAGCUUGAUGUAGAAGAAUCAGUGUCAUUCUUUCGACCUCACCAUGACAGUUCAAUGUUGGCAGCAGCUCUGGAAGAUUUCACUAUUAUCAUCAUAGAUUUGGACACUCAUACAGUUGUGAGGAAAUUCCAGGGGCAUAAAGGACAAUUGACCGAUGCUACGUUCAGUCCAGACUCACGCUGGUUGGUAACAGCUGCUAUGGACUGUACUGUCUGCACUUGGGACAUUCCAUCGGCACAGCUUAUUGACUGUUUUCAGCUGGAUGCUGCCUGCACUUCACUGAGCCUUUCACCAACUGGUGACCUCUUGGCAACAACUCAUGUGGAUUAUCUUGGUGUGUUCCUUUGGUCUAACCGAACAUUAUAUUCACAUGUUUCACUUCGUGCAAUCUCUGAGCCAACUGAAGUCCCUUUACUAAAACUCCCAACAACCAUGGGUGAAAAACAGGAAGGAAUGGAAGACAAACUCAAUGAUGGAGAACCUGAGUUUAAGUCCUGUGAUCAAAUCAGUAAAGACCUUGUAACAUUGUCUUUGGUUGCGAGUUCAAGGUGGCAAAACCUUCUGGAUAUUGAUAUAGUAAAGAAGCGCAACAAACCUAAAGAACCACCAAAAGUACCAAAAGCAGCACCAUUCUUUCUUCCAACCAUACCAUCACUAAACCUUCAGUUUGACUUAAAUAAAACAACUGACAAAGAAGAAACAAACAUCAGAAUGCCUGCAAGUCUACAGAGUCUUUCAGGUUUUGCACAGCUGCUAAGUGAUGCUGCUGAAACCAACAAUUUUCAGCCAGUUGUUGCCAAGCUGAAAGCCAUGGGUCCUUCAGUGAUUGACUUUGAAGUCUCUUCUCUUGCCCCAGAAGGAGGUGGGUCAUUUGACCUUAUGUUACUGUUCAUGAAGCUUAUUGAGUCAAUGUUGAUUAGUAAUAAGGACUUUGAACUAGCACAAGCCUAUCUAGGACUUUUUCUCGGAAGACAUGGGGACUUGAUUGCAUCAGAAAGACAAUUAAGGGAUUACAUACCUAAACUCCAAAGCUGUCAGAUCACAGGUUGGGAAUUGUUACAAGGUAAAUUGUUCUACAAUCUCUGUGUGACACAGUCAUUGAAGGGGAUGUAAGACAAAUCUAAAGUAAACAUGAUAUUUUAAGUAAAAUACAAAUCUACCACUUA